GCAUCAACUCACACGACUGCCUACCACCUUCGUUUCAUUUGUUUACGUUGUCGUUGGUGGCCUUAUUUGCUGCAACCAUUGAUUUGUGCAGCCAACGGCCGAAGCACUUUCUCUAUACUCUUUCAUAAUCUUUUUCAACGCACCCUUCUAUAUCGAUCUCGAGCUGCCUUUUCUUCUCCAGGCCAGCGCAGCAGGAAACUGCGAGAGAUCUGAACCAUCCGUAUGGUUCAUCUCAAAUCGCCCAAGAUGUUGGGCACGUCCCUGAGCAUCUUGCUGGCACUGCUAAUCCCCGUAUCUCACUCCCUUCGGUACGAUCCUGCCUACGAAGACUGGAAUCUGAACACCAACAAAACGGCUAUCGACCCCCUCGAUUACUGGGGAGAAUGGGAAAAUCACACGUACACACCGUCGCCUGAGAAUUGGCGUAUGCCCUUUUACAGCUUCUUCCUGGACCGAUUCGUAAAUGGCGAUCCAGCCAAUGACGACAUCAACGGUACCGCAUGGGAACAUGACCUUUAUGGCACGCAACUGCGCUAUGGUGGUGACGUGGACGGCUUGAAAGCGUCUUUGGACUACCUUCAAGGCAUGGGCGUCAAGGGAAUCUAUCUGGCUGGAAGUCCGCACAUCAACGUGCCGUGGGAGAAUGACGGUUACAGUCCGUUGGACUUGACCCUCCUGGACGCACAUUUUGGCAACAUUUCCGCUUGGCGGGAGUGUGUUGCUGACAUCCACAGCCGAGGGAUGUACGUGAUUCUCGAUAACACCAUGGCAACCAUGGGUGAUUUGAUUGGAUUCGAGGGAUAUUUGAACGCAAGUACUCCUUUCAACUAUAAGGAGCAUAACGCUUUGUGGAAAUAUGAUCGAAGAUACAACGAUUUCAGUUUCGGCAACUCUUAUAUCGAUAAGUGUGAAUAUCCUCGAUUCUGGGGUGACGACGGUUUUCCCGUGCAUAAAAACGGCACAGAACACCUCAUUGGAUGCCGGGAUAGUGAAUUCGACCAGUAUGGUGACAUUGCAGCUUUUGGUGACUACCCCGAAUGGCAGCGUCAAAUUUCCAAGUUCGCCUUUGUCCAGGACCGACUACGUGAAUGGCGAAGCGACGUCCGUGCUAAGAUCCAGCACUUCUCGUGCAUCACGAUUAUGGCUUUGGAUAUUGAUGGAUUCCGUAUGGAUAAGGGAUUGCAGAUCACUGUCGACGCCCAAGGAGAUUUUGCAGACCAUCUCCGCCAAUGUGCCGCCACUGUCGGCAAACAUAACUUUUACAUCCCCGGUGAGAUUGUCGCUGGUAAUGCCUUUGGAUCAAUUUAUAUUGGCCGAGGCAAGCAGCCCGACAUGAUGAUCGAAAACAUGACGGAGGCCAUUACCAUGACGAAUAGCUCAAACUCCUCUGCCUUCAUCCGGGACGUGGGCAAAAACGCGUUUGAUGGGGCUGCCUUCCACUACUCCGUGUAUCGUGCCAUGGGCCGAUUUCUCGGUUUAGACGGUAAUAUGGCUGCCGCCGAUGACACCCCUGUGAACUGGGUCGCUGGUUGGGAAGCACUGAUUCAAACUAAUGACAUGCUGAACGCCGUAACUGGUGUUUUCGAUCCGCGCCACAUGUUUGGUGUAACCAACCAGGAUGUUUUCCGGUGGCCCGGUAUCAAGAACGGCACUCACCGACAGAAUUUGGGUAUCUUCGUGAUUACGUUGAUGCUACCGGGAAUUCCCACGCUCUCAUGGGGUGAGGAGCAGGCGUUCUAUGUUCUCGAUAAUACGGCCAACAACUAUGUUUUUGGCAGAUCGCCCAUGGCUUCGUCUCAAGCAUGGCAAGACCAUGGAUGUUACAAGGUCGGAUCUCAAAAGUACUGGGAUUUCCCUCUCGAAUCUUCCCUCGAGGCCUGCAAAGAUGACUGGGUCAGUCUUGACCACAGAGAUCCUUCGCACCCUGUUCGCAACAUCUACAAGAGCAUGUUUGAGAUGCGUGAACGCUUUCCAGCUCUUAAUGACGGGUUCCUCCUCAAGCAACUCUCCAACCAGACGUGGGAUAUCUAUCUUCCCGGUUCUUACGGAACUCCAACUGAAACCGGCGUGUGGAGUGUUGUUCAUGCUCAGUGGCCUGGCGUUCAAGACUUUAGCCAUCAGGGUCAUGGAGGCAACCAGAGUGUUUGGCUCGUCUACACGAACAACAAUGUCCCUCAAACUUACACAUUCAACUGCUCCAUUGACACCCUUGGUCUCAUUGCGCCUUUUGAUCCCAACGUCACCGUCAAGAACCUCUUUUAUCCGUUUGAAGAGUACACACUGGAAACCUCUGUACAGAACUUUGGGCUCGAGGGCGUAAAGGAAUGGAACGGAUGUCUUUCGGCCAUGCACCUUGAUCCAUGGGAUUACAAGGCAUUUGUGCCCAAGGACAAAUGGCUUGCGCCUAGUCCGAUGCUAACUGGCUUCACACCUGGUCACGACACCAGAAUCCUUUCCAAGGUGCCCCGUGGACAGCAGGACACUGUUGCCAUUGAGCUGGAUUUCUCAACCCCCAUGGAUUGCGACAGCGUCAGAGACAAUAUGGAAUUCCAGUCGUCCACAGAGGACCGGGUGACUGCGAAACUCGACAGGAGCAGCAUCAAGUGCUUGACGGUCGCUAAGGUCGAGGCGCCUAAAUGGCCCGGUGGUAUUCCCACUGCGUGGACCUUCAAAGCCAAUCUUGUCGACGUUUCUCAUGGUAUCCAUCAAAUCACUAUCCGCAAUGUCACAUCGCAAAACAGUACCUUUACCAACUCUGUUGACCAUUUCUUCAUCAGGGUUGGUGACAGUGCCAACCCCGUUGUCUUCCCACGCACAGGAAAUUAUUCGACCAGUUUGUUUCACGAGAGCGAAGAUGGAAAAGAGCUCGUAAUUUCACAUAGCGCCCCUGGUGCAGACAAAUUCCGGUAUUCGACCACUUGGGGCUCGAGCUACAGUAACUGGCUUGACUACACUGGCGGAAACACGACUAUUCAGCCCACUGCGUGGAGCGGUACUAAGGCUCAAAGAUGGACUGGUGAACACGUCACUGUUCAAUACUGGAGCCGGAUUGCUGGAAGUAGCGACCACGUCCAAGAGGGAGAAUUGCACGAAGAUGGCCCCGCACGGCGUUUCCCUCACUUAUCCCUUCAUGGUCCAUGGAACGAAUUUGGCUAUGAUGCAGGCUUGCCGAAUGUGAUGAAGCAGGAUAAGGAUGGCAUCUGGAAUUUCAAUUUCAUGACCGAGUGGCCGGCGCAGUUCCAGGUAAACGUGUGGGGAAUGAACCCUGAUGGAGAACCAGACGUUACAGCGGCUUUUGGUGAUGUCGACAAUGACACCGUUCUUGAUCGGAUCCCUCCAAUUACGCUAAUGGAGGCCGUUGUAAACAUUACCGAGUUUCCACCUUCGCCUCACCUGGCGUAUCGCAUUAGUGUCAAUGAUGCCGACCGGAGGUACACUCUGACUCCUGUGGGUUCACGCUGGAAGCAACUGGCACUGUUCCUCUUGCUUGCCUUUAUCCCACCUUUGACCGGUGCGCUGGGAGUCUGGGCCUAUCUACGCGCCUUUUACCAGGUCAAGUUCAACCAGGUUGGUGUUAGCGAAAAGGGCGGUAUUGUUCCUCUUGCUGUUCGGAAGAUUAUCCCUGAAAGGUAUCUCGGUUCACCCGCGUUCCAGAGGUUCACCGGAUCUUCUACCGCCUUGAGUGAAGUUGCCCCGGCAACUGUCGCCCCCGUGGAAGCUGCGGGUGGCCGUCGCACCGUCCUCAUCGCUACCAUGGAGUAUGAUAUCGAGGACUGGGAGAUCAAGAUUAAGAUUGGUGGUCUGGGUGUCAUGGCUCAACUCAUGGGCAAGAAUCUUGGACAUCAGGAUUUGAUCUGGGUCGUUCCCUGCGCCGGAGGUAUCGACUAUCCCAUCGACCAACGAGCUGAGCCCAUGGUUGUGAAGGUGCUUGGUAAUGAGUACAUCAUUAACGUGCAAUAUCACACUCUUCGGAACAUAACCUACGUGCUUCUCGACGCGCCAGUCUUUCGACAACAGACCAAAGCUGAGCCCUAUCCCCCCCGUAUGGACGACAUUGAUAGCGCCAUUUAUUACUCGGCCUGGAACCAGUGUAUUGCGGAAGCCAUCCGUCGUUUCCCAAUUGAUCUUUACCACAUCAACGAUUACCAUGGAACCGUCGCUCCGUUGUAUCUUCUCCCCGACACCAUCCCUGUUUGUUUGUCGCUUCACAACGCCGAAUUCCAAGGCCUAUGGCCGAUGCGGAGCGCACUUGAAGUUGACGAAGUGUCCCGUGUGUACAACCUCGAUGCAGAAAUUGUUCGCCGCUAUGUGCAGUUUGGAGAAGUAUUCAACUUGUUGCAUGCAGGAGCAAGCUACCUGCGUAUUCAUCAAAAGGGAUUUGGUGCCGUUGGUGUCUCGAAGAAAUACGGUAAACGCUCAUUUGCCCGUUAUCCGAUCUUUUGGGGUCUUUCGAAAAUUGGAAGCCUUCCUAACCCUGACCCAACGGAUGUUGGAGAUUGGAACAAGCAGCCUGCGAACCCUGACGAGGUCGUUGUCGAUGCUGAGUUUGAAGCCUCUCGAGCACCUCUCAAGCGUCAAGCUCAGGAAUGGGCUGGAUUAGAGCAGAAUCCCAACGCCGAGCUUUUUGUCUUUGUUGGUCGUUGGUCCAUGCAAAAAGGUGUGGAUCUCAUCGCAGAUGUCUUCCCGGCCGUCCUGGAGGAAAAUUCCAAUGUCCAGCUCAUUUGUAUUGGUCCUGUCAUUGAUCUCUAUGGUAAAUUUGCAGCGCUCAAGCUCGACCAUAUGAUGAAGGUAUACCCCAACCGGGUCUUUUCCAGGCCAGAGUUUACUGCCUUGCCACCAUAUAUCUUCAGCGGUGCCGAAUUUGCCCUGAUUCCGUCAAGAGAUGAGCCCUUUGGUCUGGUAGCGGUCGAAUUCGGCCGUAAAGGCGCCCUUGGUGUUGGCUCCCGAGUUGGUGGUCUGGGACAGAUGCCUGGUUGGUGGUACACCAUCGAGUCGACGACAACAAAGCAUUUGAUUCAGCAAUUCAAGCAAGCUAUCCACGGAGCUUUGGACUCGAAGCAAGAGGUCCGCGCAAUCAUGAGAGCGCGGUCGGCAAAGCAACGUUUCCCUGUCGCGCAGUGGGUUGAAGAUCUCGGGAUUCUUCAGGAGACGUCUAUUAAGAUCCACAAGAAACAAGCUCUGAAGCCGCGCCGGCUCGCACUCUCUGGUGCCCAGACGCCUGUCAGUGGCUCAGCUACUCCUCGCCCAUGGGCCCAGAGCAGAACGCCAAGCUUUUUCAACAUGUCAUCUGCUUCUUCGAUGUAUCGUCAACCUUGGAUGCAAGCUCCCAGUAUCCCUACCACGGCACCCCAAAGUGGACCUUCCACUCGUGCCGGCAGUCCUUCCAGAGAAGGCGCCGGUGCAGAGACUGGACCACAGACUUUAUCACUUGGCACACGUGUUGGACCCGGUCACGUUCCUGAAGGGGAAAGAGGUCGACGAAUGAGCCGGCUGACACUCUCUCGAGACAGUUCAGUCAGCCGCAGUGCUCCGGCGAGCCGGGCUGCCAGUCCUUCGGAUGACUCAGGGUUGGCAGGUCGCCAACGGAGACGAUUGAGCAAGCCUAAUCCUUUUGGUGACAACAAUGCUGUUGGCGUUGCAAACGGCGGCCAAGAAGCCGGUUCUUCCAGACAGUUGACGGCUAUUGACGAGCAUGGCCAGGGCAGUUCCAGACAGCGCCUAUCGGAUGGUUCCCAGGCCACCGCUGCUGAUGAUGCCGCCAGCAAUGUUGUGGAUGAGUACAUUCUAACGCCCGAGCAAGCUAGAGAGAGUGAGCAGAGCAGCCAGUUGGCCUCCCUCAACCCAGCUUCGUUCUCGUCUCGUGACUCCGCCGCCCAGUACAGCCCGUCCGUUCCCCAAAGCCCAUAUGUACCCUUCUCUCCCGCCGGCUCCAUGCCGACCAGUCCAAGAAUGGAGGACUACUUCCUUUCGCCUUACUCUCGCGCCGAUGCUAAUCUUAGCUUGGCCUCUGUUGUCGGCGAAAAGAAGGACUAUACCUUGCAAAAGGUCGAGCCAUUCUUUACGGACCCAACUGGCCUCUACUACAAGACGUUUGACAAGAUGCUCGAUAAUUUGAACGGCAAAACCUCUGAGAGCAACUUGUGUGUCGAGGAGUACCUUGUCAAGAGCGAAAAGAAUUGGUUUAGUCGCUUCCACGACGCCAAGAUGGGAAAGACUUCGGUCACUGUAACCCCGGCAUCAUCCAUUUUCAGGUUCGGACGAUCGAGCCCUGCGGCCUCCAUCUUCAACGAACCUAUUGACGGCACGUAUGGCAACGGUGAAGAGGAGGGCGUGGACCAAUUCCUUCUCCAGGACGACUACACCCCACCUACUGGUUUCAGGAAAAUCCUUGCAACAAAAUUUGGAGACUGGCCUGUCUAUUCGUUCCUUCUCGCUUUCGGUCAAAUCAUUGCUGCCAAUUCCUACCAGAUUUCAUUAUUGACUGGCGAGAUCGGAGAGACUGCAUCGAAGCUCUACACUGUAGCUUGCAUUUACCUUGCCGCCUCCAUUAUUUGGUGGUGCGUUUUCAGAACGUUGAAAUCAGUCUACGUGUUGUCGCUCCCCUUCGUCUUCUAUGGCCUUGCCUUUGUGUUUCUGGCUUUCUCCCCCUAUGGAGCGACCAUGGCCAGCAGGAACUGGGUCCAAAACGUGGCCACCGGCUUCUACGCUGUAGCGUCUGCCAGCGGAUCCUUUUUCUUUGCUCUUAAUUUUGGUGCCGAGGGAAGCGUACCCGUGGAAUCGUGGAGUUUCCGUGCUUGUGUCAUUCAAGGGACGCAGCAGAUCUAUGUUUCCGUUUUGUGGCUCUGGGGCGCAAAGCUUGUCAAGAUCAACAAUCUAGGCAAGCAAGCCUCAACCGUUGUGACUUAUGGUUGGCCUCGUACAGUGAUCUGUCUGCCAAUUGCUCUGCUCUUGUUCGGUGUUGGUGCCGUGCUCUUUCUCGGUUUGCCGGAGUUCUACCGCCAGAGCCCUGGUAAGGUGCCAUCGUUCUACUCAUCCGUCAUCCGACGCAAGAUCAUCCUUUGGUUCUUCGUUGCUGUCAUCAUCCAAAAUUUCUUCCUCUCGGCACCGUAUGGUCGAAACUGGCAAUAUUUCUGGUCCACAAAACAUGCACCCACCUACGCCAUUGUGCUCCUUCUGCUUCUCUUCUUUAUUGGAAUUUGGGCAGCAUGUCUUUACCUUUUUAGCCGCCUGUCCACCCGCCACUCUUGGGUUCUUCCCAUUUUUGCCGUCGCCCUAGGCGCACCUCGAUGGUGUCAGAUGCUAUGGGGUGUUUCGAACAUUGGUCUAUACGUCCCUUGGGCUGGAACACCGGUUGGAUCAGCCGUGGUCGGACGUAUUCUCUGGCUGUGGCUUGGUGUUUUGGACGCAUUGCAAGGUGUCGGCUUCGGCAUGAUCUUGCUCCAGACGCUGACUAGAUUCCACAUCAUAUUCACUCUCGUUUCCGCGCAGGUUCUUGGAAGUAUUGCAACGAUUGUGGCACGGGCUUGUGGACCAAACAAGGUUGGUCCUGGCGACGUCUUCCCAGAUUUCUCUGCCGGUUACACCGACGGAUUACACAAGGCAUGGUUCUGGAUUGCGUUGUUCUUCCAAUUGGCAAUCUGUGUGGGAUUCUUCAAAUUCUUCCGAAAGGAACAGUUGUCUAAACCGUAAGGUAAAGACCAACUGAUAACGUGGCUGUGCGGUUGACACAUCCACGGUUCAUGUACAUUGAUUAAACUUUUAAUCUUUUGGCGACUGGGAAUCGCCCUCUCAUUGGCAACCUUUACAUAAUUUCUUCUUCCCUAUCGACCACUUCUUUUUUCUUGCAUUUUCAUUUUCUCAUUCUCCUGGCAAGAUAUAGCGUGGGAUUUACAGGCACAAUAUACCGGGGAGGCGUCUGAUUAUCCACACACAUACACACACAUACAAACACAUACACAAACAAACUCACACCGAGAACACUGCUUUUCAUUUUGCAUUAAUUUAGACUCGAGGGCAAACCCCCAGCUAUAUAGAGCUUGUCGCAUUACCAUUAGGAUUUAAUAAUAUAAGAGCAUAUAAUAUACUAUAAGCGCGGCAA